CUGUGACGUGUACACACCAACUAAAAUUACGCCAUUACUUCUCCCUGUUUGUAAACAUUGGCGACUUUCAGCUCAGUUUUCCUUGCUUCUUGUUAAUUUUGAACUUACAAAUUCAAUGGAGGAACAAGAAAUUUUGACUACAUUGAAGAUACUGAUCAUUGGAGAAAGUGGAGUUGGAAAAUCGAGUUUACUACUCAGGUUUACCGAUGACACUUUUGAUCCAGAACAAGCAGCAACCAUUGGAGUUGAUUUCAAAGUGAAGACUUUGACUGUUGAUGGUAACAAGACAAAAUUGGCCAUUUGGGACACAGCUGGGCAGGAAAGAUUCCGGACUUUAACACCAAGUUAUUACAGAGGUGCACAAGGUGUAAUCUUAGUGUAUGAUGUCAGCAGCAAACAAUCCUUCAGCAAACUUGAUGCAUGGUUGAAUGAACUGGAAACAUUCUCUACAAAACAUGACAUGAUCAAGAUGCUUGUCGGCAACAAGAUUGACAGAGAUUCACAUGAAGUCACUAAGGAAGAAGGUCUGAAGUUUGCCCGCAAACACCACAUGCUCUUCAUUGAGGCCAGUGCGAAAACAAAUGAUGGUGUCCAGUGUGCUUUUGAGGAACUGGUGGAAAAGGUCAUCCAAACCCCAGGACUGUGGGAAACCAGUGGCAAGAACCUCAGACUAGGACAAAAUGGCAAUGAUGGCAACGCGGCACAGAGCUGCUACUGUGUCAUAUGAUCAGGUGAUGAUGAUGUCCUGACUUCCCUGGCAAUGUCUUGCUGCUUGAAAGUAUCGUAUACGAGUCUUUCACUUGUAAGGUGGAUUUUAUGGAAUGACAACUGAUGAUGCAUGUGUGAGAGAGAACUAUGGAAAAGUUCAAAACCAGUGAUUUCUGUGACCUGGGCCAAUGAUUUAAACUUUGGCCCCUCCCUUUCUUUUUCUUUAAGGAGAGUGUUAUUGUCUGCUGUGUGUAUUCUUUGUACUCAGAUCGAUGAAAAUUUUUAAAUAGGUCUAUUUCAUGUCCAUUAAGGGAAUUGAUAGAUACAAGUUCAGCUCUGUAAAAAUGUGGUAUGAGUUCUUUCAGUGUAUGAUCACUUUGUAUUGAUACAAAUUUUAUGUGUUUGUAUUUGGUAAUUGCCAGAAGUUAAACAUUUCUUUGACUUACAUGUAAAGUAUAUAUUUUAGUUUCUAUGUGAAAAAGUCUCUUUUGUUGCCUUUACCACAUCUACAUACAUACACUUGUAGCCAAAUGUUACAGACUAUUCACUCUUUUUGGCUUUUAAAAAUCAUAUCAGAUAAAGGGAUCAUAUGUAACAAUAUAUUGAUAGUACAGGACCCCUGUUGGAGUUUGUUUUAUAGCUUUUAGCUAGCUGAUUACUUUGUGCCCUGCAUUGUGUACAUUUUGUCAUCUAGAUGAUCUAUAUGUAAUGUACUCUGAUUUAUGCAUGAGUUAGUAGUAGUCUGCAUCCUAGUUUUGCUCAUUGUGAUUAUAAAAGAAGUGUGAACAAGUUUUUCUUUCAUUUCAUAUUUCAAUUAUUUUGCAUCCUUUAACUAAAGCUUUUCAUGUAGUUGCUCUGUGGCUCUGUGGCGCAGCCAUCCGUUAUGCAAUGUUGACUCAGGGCUGAUGAGGUGAGGGUUGGUAUGGUGUGGAAUUAGGUGUGCAAUAUUUCUGUGAUCCUUGGUUUACCGAGAAACUCAAGGUAACUUGCAGUACAGGCAAGGAUACAUCACUUGAAGAACUGGAAUUUGGCACCUGCAGAUCUGGAUUUUAUUUUCUUUCUUUCAACAGUUCAUUUUUCUUUAUAAUGUACUAACAGUUUUAAUUUUGUGCAGGUAUUUUGUAUGUGUAUUUGACAUUCUUUUUUUGUUUUGCAUUAAAGUGUGCGCUUAUGCAUCAGCUUAUGUCAUUCUGUUAAUGCAUGUUUUUUCCUUGUUGGUCUCCUGAAUAAUAUUCAGGAUGUAUUACAGAAAUUUAUGUAGUUUGAUAAACUCUUUCCCAUAGGUUUCCAGCAGUUAGGGGGACAAUUAUAUUAUACUUCUUUGUCUUUGUCGCGUUUGAAAGUUCUCCACAUCCAAGUUUAGGCUAAGAGUUAUUGUAGUGAUGAUGGAACAGUGUCUGGUGUUUCAAGCUGUCUCGCCUUUUUUUUGUGUGUGUUCUAUUUUAUCUUCCAAAUCGAUUCUUGUUCUCAUGAGAAAAUGAUACGUUCAAUAAUAAUAGUGCUUUUUGCUUUUUCUGUACCGGAAACCUCUAUGGCACGACUGAAAUUAUACUUCAGAGUAGACCUUUGUGUAUGAACAAGGUGUUCCAAUGUCCAAAAUCACAGUUUUGAAAUCUGUACCUGCUUCAGAAACAUUUUCGUCUGUUAGCGUUCUUGAAUAUUGUCAGUGUAAUGAGUAUACUAACAAGGACCUUAAAAUCUUUGAAAAUUCAGUUGUAAUCUUAAGCAGUUUUUAAAGCGAUACAAGUUUUGACACCGACAGUUAUGAGAACAGAAUUUGAACAGAAUCUGUCUUGAAGUAUAGUAUGGUCUUUCUAGGUCACCCAGCUUCAUGUUUAAAAAAUUGUCUUUGUAGCAUUGAUGGUCAGCUUUUUUUUACAGUUUUGAUAAUUGGGAGUGUUCUGGCUUUGGAUGUGAGCAUACCGUAAUUUUUAUUCUCAAACAGCUUUUCUGUCUCAUGUACUUUAUUGUUACCUCUAGUAAAAUCAUUGUAAAGUGAAGCAAAGCUGAAUAAUAAUUUCUUGGGUCCUUGUGAUCUGUGUCAUGUUUAUUGUUGUUUGCAUAUUAUUUUCUGGUAGCCUAAACUGAAAUACUUUUUCUAUUUAAUCAUAUACUCGUUCUCUCGUAUUGAGUGUCGGGACUGACAGAAGCAAGGUUGUGAACUUAUGUGGUGAUGGUUCAGAAUCUCUGAGGUGAGAUAUUGUGGCUUAAGAGCAUAAUCUUGCCUUUGAAACCAUGUUAAUUCCCAUAAAAGCUUUAGCAAACGCCUCUUGAUUCUUAUUUUUUUUUUCGUACUGGAUACCUUGGGAGUGUCUGUGAGUGUGUAUAGAGCCAUUUAGAUUCCUGUUGUUUGAAAUGUUGCUAGCUGUCUUGAGAAUGCAAUGAUAUUCAACUUUCUUUUAUUGUGCGCUUGUGAAGGAUGCUCUUCCUUUUUUAUGAUUUUUUUUCAGUGGUUGAAGUUGAGAAUAGCCUAAAAGAAGUAAGAGCUGUAAAUACGCUUUCAACCUUCUUUUUUGAGGGGAAGGGGAGAUUAUUAGGCUGCCUUUAUAAAGGAAACUGUGUUAAUUGGUAUCGAAUUUUACUACUCGCCGGUCUCCUGCUGAUCAAAGGAUAGGAAUUUUUAAUUUGCGUUGUAUUUAAAUGGUUUUGGUACAUUUUUUCAACUUUGUUCAUUCCUUUUGUAAAAAUUAAAAUCAUUUAUACUUUAUGAGAGAAGCUGAGUAGGAACUUCCUCAAGAAUGUAAUUACUUUUUUUUCUGGACGUUUUAUUCAUCUCUAAGAAAGUGAUUAUCUCAAGUGUGAUUCUCUCCACCUCUCUGUGGCUAUGCGCCUGCAGUUCUGGUUUCCCAGCUUAAGCUUCCUGUAGGCCUUUCUGUCACUCCUUAGCUGGUUUUUCCCUUUUGAGUUUAUCCCCGUUUCUUUCAUUGAGCAGCCUGUCACCAUUAUUCCCAUUCAUGGUUAAGGUGUAAUUCUAAAUGUGAUAACUCUAGCAUUGUUCUUCCUCUUCUAAAGCGAGGUCUGAAAGAGACAUUUGCAGAAGUUAUGUUGUCCCUUCAUUCGUUUGGCAAGCCUUUUAACAUGGACGACUAACUUAUUUCUGAGCUGUAUGCAUAUUUGGUCUUCUAAACUGUUUCAGUCUUUGUCUCUCUCUGUGCUUCUGUGCUUCUGUGCUAUUUAUGUAGUGGAAAUGUUUCCUGUUUCUCAUUGUCUUAAAGAGGGAUUUUUUUGUCCGGCAUUUACAGCUGUGCAAACGAGUUGACCAAAAGAGUUUUCAUGUGGUUACAAUGUACCGAUUGCUCUUGGGAAUUUUUGCAUUGGUUUCCCCUUUGCUUUUCUCUGGUUUUAUGUACAUUUUAUUGUACUAGCCUUUCACGAUUCUACUUACAAACUUUAAAGUGAAAGUUUUUAUGUUCGUAUAAGACUCGGAUUUGCAAGUAGGAAUGAAAAAUCUAAUAGGUAAUUGGCGCAAGUUUUAUUUUUCUAUUAUUUUCUGGUGGACUACUCUACCUUUUUAUAUUUUAAGAGAAUGGCAUAUAUUUUUGGGUAAAAUGUUUUGAAAACUAUCAAGGAAAGAAAUUUUCUCUUAAAAACCGAGAAUGCCACCCAGCAAUCAGAUGGUGCUUUGUUUUUCAUAAUUUCCUGCCUUGCAUUUUUAUGUGUGUCAUUGUUAAGAUUUCAUUGGAUGCUGCGGUCACUGUGCAAACUGCAUAGGAAUGACAGGAUAAGUUUGUGUUAUGCGAUGAAAAGUGUGUCAGUGUACAUUGUACAUGUAAAUAAUAAACGCUCCAUAACAUCAGU